ACUUUUCAAAAGAGAGCCAGCAGCACCCGCCAGAGGAGGAGGAGGAGGAGGGUGUUGCUCUGUGCAAGCCACUCCUGCCAGAAAGGAUUUACGACUUGGAAAAACAAGGGGAGGGGGGCAGAAGAGUGAGAGGGGGGGGGGAAUCCUGACUUGGGUAUUUCGCAAGAGCGCAGGGAGGUUUUUCUCUCCCCCCCCUUUUUUUGCAAAGUGUAGGGGGGUGGGUAUCUCCGCUGGAGGUGAGGGUGGCAUAAAAGCCACCCCUUCCGAAGCCUCUCCGAAAGAUCCUCUGACCAUGACUGCGCCCGGCUGUCUCUCCGGCUUCAAGGUUCUGGGUUUAAGGUAGCUGUGCGCGCGCGUUUUUCGCUCUCUCCAGGGAGCUGCUAUGAGUUCCAGAACCUUGCUGGUGCUCCUCUGGCUUCAAGUCGCCUUGGGACAAACUCUCCUUCGAGAAGGUCCUCGUCCCUCCCUCCCAGAUUUAGAAGGGGACCUUCUCUUCCUGUUGGACAGCUCUGGCAGCGUCUCCUACUAUGAGUUCUCCCGGAUCAAGGAGUUUAUUGCCGACCUCCUAAGGCCGUUUGCCUUUGGCCCCCAUGACGUCCAGACUGGGGUUGUCCACAUCAGCACCGUGCCCACGAUGGAGUUCCCCUUGGACCGCUACCUCUCCAGCGGGGCGAUCCAGAACGCCAUCCGCAGCGCCCAGCAGAUGAUGGGGGACACCAACACCGGCAAGGCCCUCUCGUUUGCCAAGGAGAUGCUCUUCAGUGGACAGGCUGGGGCACGCGCCGAUGUGCCCAAGGUGAUGGUGUGGGUGACCGACGGCUUCUCCACGGACGACAUCUCCCAGCCCAUGCAGCUCCUGAAGGACAUGGGGGUGACGGUCUUUAUUGUCAGCACUGGGCGGGGAAACUAUUUGGAGCUCUCUGCUGCUGCCAGCCAACCGCCGGAGAAACACCUCCGUUUUGUGGAUGUGGAUGACCUGACCAUCAUCACCAAGGAGUUGAGAGAUGCCAUUGCAGAUGUCAUCCAGGCGAAGCGCCUACACGCUACACACAUCUCUUCAAGCAGCUUUCGGCUCCGUUGGCCCAACCUCCUGGCGCGGGAGACGGGCUAUUACGUUCUGGAGUAUGCUCCGACCGGAGAUCCCAGGCGGAAGCUGACCAGGCAGUUGCCGGGUUACCACCAAAGCAUCGUGGUGAGCAACCUCACACCACAAACCACCUACGAGGUAGCCCUUAUUCCGGAGUCCAACGAGCGGUACCUCCCACCCCAGAACACCAGGGUCACCACUUUGGAAGAGGCCAUCAGCCCAGCGAAGGUUCUCAUCUCGGAAUCCAAGCCCCACAGCGUUCGGGUCAGCUGGUCCCCCACCCCGGAGAGUGUGUCUACCUAUCAGGUCAUGUAUGGUCCUCUGCCCGGGAACUCAGUCAAGCUGGUGGAGGUGGACGGGAGCCUCAACUCCACCGUCUUGGAGGACCUUGUCGCCAACACCACCUACCUGGUGACCGUCUCGGCCAUUUACAAAUCCGGCAAGGAGAAAGCCCUCUCAGCCAAGGCGUGCACUCAGGAAGAGAACUCCAAGAUAAAGCAUCUUCGCUUCAAAGACCUGAGCCCCACCACUGUGAAGGCCUCAUGGGAACCCGCUGACGGCAACGUCCUUGGCUACCACGUCAGGUGCCGGCGGCAAGCGGGCUCCUCAACCCUCCUCAGCAUCUCGCCGCAAAUCCACAGCGUGCUGCUGUCUGAUCUGGCGGCCGGCAGCACCAACAAAGUGUGCGUGAAGCCCAUCUACAACACCCUGCAAGGGAAAGGGCUCUGCCGGAUGGUGCACAUGCAGUCUGCUUCGGCAACGGGAGGUUAUAGACACCGACAGAGUGUGUGAGCCUUAAAAGACUCAAGAGGUACCUCUACAGAGCAGGGGGGAAGACUGGACAGGCAUGAACGCGGGUGGGGAAGCUGCACGAGGGGUCACCCAAGCCUCCUCCAGCCCCCCCAACACUCUGGGGCCCCCUGGUGGCCAUCUCGCCUAACAACUUCCCAAGAUUCGGUUUGGCAUGCAGAACGGGGCUCUACCUGGAAGACAGAAUCCAGCUGCAGCGAUGAGGCAUUGGCUACUAAUUCCUCAUAUUGCAGCAAACGGCAAAAAGACUGGGAAUCGGAAUGCUGCUCUCCUUACCGUAAUCUAUUUAUUUGUGUUUUAGUAUUUGCUGUAUCUGGGAAAGAAUGUUACAGGACACCUGUCCCGCGCCUCCCCCCCAUCCUGCCACCCUUUAUCCUUGAUUGGAUGUGCUCAAGUUAGCCAUAUCCCUUCAUUUCAAUGGGUAGGACUGACUUGGAGACAACCCACAGAGAGAGAGAGAGAGAGAGAGAGAGAGAGAGAGAGAGAGAACGAGAACGAGAGAGAACGAGAACUAGCCUACUGCACAAAGGUAAAAGUUAAUUGAAUUGCUCCACCCACUUUUGCCUCUGGCCCCGCCCAUCACUGGCAUAUGGCCCCUGGAAUGUUUCCUGCAAGGAAAUGCGGCCCUCAGGUUGAAAAAAAUUUCCCCGCCCAUUAUAUGGCUUUUGAAAAAGGCAGUGAGCCAGAGAUCUGCACACCUGGCCUAAUGUGAACUAACUAGCAUUUUCCAUCUGUGGAACAGAAUCCAGCAUCUGGGGGUGAUGAUGCAAGCAGAACGGUCCACAUCCAGCUGUUCAGUGGUGGGACAGACUGCCUCAGAGAAUGGUGGGCUGCAUUUAGAGCAGGUGUGUGGGAACCACUUUGACCCUCCAGAUGUUGUUGUCCCAGCCAGCAUGGCCAAUGGCCAGGGAGGACGGGAGUUGUCGUUCGGCAAUAUCUGGAGGCCCAAAGGUUCACCACAGCUGGUUUAGAGAUUUUUAAGCAGAGGCUGGUUACCUACCAGGGGAUGCUACAUUGACAAGGAGGUGAGCUAGAUGGCCCUAGACCUGGAAGAGACCUCAAAGGCCAUCUAGCCCAACCUCUUGCCAGUGCAAGAUAUCUGCUUCUACGUAAUCCCUGACAGGUGGCUGUCUGUUCUGCGUUGGCCUCCCACACAGGCAUAAAACUCUGCAGCAUGUAUUCAGAUAAGAUCACUUUGGAGUACUGGCUUUUCCCUGCAUCGGAAUGACCUCGGCGGCCCUCCCUUAUCCUUUCUUCUGAGACAGAAAUGGUUUCACUUUUUCCCCCCUUGCACAACUCUCCCAUGUAUUGUUUUACUAAUGUGGUAGCAGUUGCCCCCCUCCUCUUGUCAUAAUGCAAAUCCCUUUGGAAAGACAGCGAAUUAAAACAGGAGAAGAAAACAAUCUGAUUGGGAAGAGACUCCGCCCUUUGGGAUUCCCAGCUGGGACCUAAACUAAGCGCCGUUUUUGUUGUUGGUUGGAUCUCACAUCCGAUGUUCGACACAUAAGGAAAAGACACUUUGGGAUAACCUGGUUAUGAUUAAUCCAGGGUUCUUGGAUGGUGGAGGGGGACAGAAGAGGAGAGGAAAUAGUUUAAGCCCUGAGAAGGUGGCCCUGCACCACCCCCAUGAGCUUUAUUUAUUUAUUAUUUGAUUUAUAUCCCGCCCUUCCUCCCAGCAGGAGCCCAGGGCGGCAAACAGAAGCGCUAAAAACACAUCAAAACAUCAUAAAAGCAGACCCUAAAAUACACCAAAACAAAACAACUUUAAAAACAUUUUCUUAAAAAAAAAAAAAAAGCUUUUAAAGCAUCUUUUAAACAGGGUUAAAAAACUUUUAAAAAAAACAUAUUAAAAAGCAAUCCCAGCACAGACGCAGACUGGGAUAAGGUCUCCACUUAAAAGGCUUGUUGAAAGAGGAAGGUCUUCAGUAGGUGCCAAAAAGGUAACAGAGAUGGCGCCUGUCUAAUAUUUAAGGGGAGGGAAAUUCCUCAGGGUAGGUGAAUAUAGGAAGUUGCCUUCUACAAUAUCAGACAUUGGUUCAUGUAGCUCAGUACUGUUUGCACUGACUGGCAGCAGCUCUCAGGGGUUUCAGGCAGGGGACUUUCCCAGCCCUACGCGGAGAAGCUGGGGAUUGACCCAGAGACCUUCUGCAUGCUAAACAGGUGCUCCACCAAUGAGCUACGGCCCUUCCCUUGAGACAUAGGAACAUCAGACACUGCCUUAUAUUAAGUCAAAUCAACGGUCUGUCUAGCUCAGUAUUGUCUACACUGAUUGGCAGCGGUCUCCAGGGUUUCAGGCCGGGAGUCCCUUCCAGACUGGAGAUGCCCGGGGUUGAACCUGGGACCUUGUGCAUGCAAUGCAGAUGCUCUGCCACUGAGCGACGGCCCCUCUGAGCUUUGGAAAAUAGUGAUUAGGACAUUGCUGCACUGUAGCGCCACCACCUACAGGUGUCCAAAGGAUGGGAUUGCAGGCACCAUAUUAACAGGGAUCAGGUGAUACCAAGGACCAGUAGGGCCUAUUGUCCUGUAAAGCGUCUCAUUUUUGCAGGGAUUUGAACCCUGGUUUCCCUAGGUCCCAGUCCAACACUCUAACCGCUAUGCCAUGCUGGCUCUCCACACUGUUAUGGGAGGCUGGGAUGUUGGACCUGGAAUGGAGAGACCCAGCUUCGAAUCCUUGCUCAGUCACAAAGCUUACCCUUGCUCAGCCUAACCAACCUCACAGGAUUGUUGUGAGAAUAACACUAAGGAGGAAAGAGAGAGCUGUGCUUGUCACCCUGGGGUCCCUGGAGACAAACAACUGAAGGUAAAUAUAGCAGAGGUGCUGUUGGGCUGACCAAGUCCAUUUUCAGCCUCAGAGGCCCCGGUAAAUGCCAACCUCGCUAGCCCAGAGUUCCUGCCUUUCUGCCACAAAUCAAAGCCCUACUAUCUAUGGCAAAUUUUGCUCUGUCCGGAAUGGAGGCCUAGGCAUGCCUUCUAUGCACCAGACCUUAGGUCCGACUGUUACGCAUGCACCCUAGUUCCCUCUGUGACAGCUGCCACACUGAGGGGAAGCUACGCCUCCUGCCAUCUCUGCACAUAGAAAUUUCAGGACCCAGGAGUGCGUCUCAGACGUAUAGGUUAAGUUAACACAUUUCCUUUACUGGUUAAAACCAUUCAAAUGUUACAGAAGAGAAAAUAAAUGCAGUUAGUUGAUAACAGCAAAACAGCAAAAGGCAAGUUAAGGCAUAAUUCUUAAAAGCACUGGAGAUCUGAAGUGCUGAUGUAAAGCACCAAUGCAAAGCAGAGGUACCCGUCUUAACUGCCUGAAUUGACAAGGCGAUCCGGAUGCCAACAAAGCGUGAGCCUCUCAAACUGAGAAGACCGACUCCAUGCUCAAAGAAAGGAAUAUUUAUGCCAAUUCUUCCUUCAAAGAGUAUAGAUUUAUGGCACAUUCCGAAGUUGGAUCACUAGUGAUCACAAUUAUCAGAGAAAAAAUAAAACCAUUCCAAAUGACAGCAGGAU